AUGGAGCUGGUCCAGGACACCUCCCGUCCUCCACUGGUCAAUGUGAAGGGGGUCCCGCUCAUCAAGUACUUUGCAGAGGUGAUGGGGCCACUUCAGAGCUUCCAGGCCUGGCCUGAUGACCUGCUCAUCAGCACCUACCCCAAGUCUGGCACCACUUGGUUGAGCGAGAUACUGGAGAUGAUCUAUCAGGGUGGUGACCUAGAGAAGUGUCACCGGGCACCCAUUUACAUACGCGUACCCUUCCUUGAGUUUAAAUGUCCAGGGGUUCCAUCAGGUCUGGAAACUUUGAAAGAUACACCUGCCCCUCGGCUCCUCAAGACACACUUGCCCCUGGGCCUGCUUCCCCAGAGUCUGUUGGAUCAGAAGGUCAAGGUGAUCUAUGUUGCCCGCAAUGCAAAGGACGUGGCUGUCUCCUAUUACAACUUCUACAAAAUGGCCAAGCUGUACCCUGACCCUGGCACCUGGGACAACUUCCUGGAGAAGUUCAUGGAUGGACAAGUGUCCUAUGGGUCGUGGUACCAGCACGUGCAGGAGUGGGGGGAGCUGAGCCUCACCCACCCUGUGCUCUACCUCUUCUAUGAAGACCUGAAGGAGAACCCCAAAAGGGAGAUUAAAAAGAUCCUGGAGUUUCUGGGGCGCUCCCUGUCAGAGGAGACAGUGGAUCACAUCGUCCAGCACACAUCCUUCAAGGAGAUGAAGAAGAAUCCCAUGGCUAACUACACCACCAUACCAACUGAGAUGAUGGACCACAGUGUUUCUCCCUUCAUGAGGAAAGGUGUGUGCAGGGACUGGAAAUCCGUCUUCACUGUGGCUCAGAAUGAGCACUUUGAUGCCCACUAUGCUGAGAAGAUGGCAGGCUUCAAGCUCAACUUCCGCUGGCAGCUCUGA